AUGGAUACACCAGCAGAAUCCCGAUUCCUCCUUCUCCCGAGAGAACUACGGGACGCCAUAUACGAAUUCGCCAUGAUCAAUGAUAUUGAAAUGCUCUCAGAACACCUCAUGAAGCCAUCUCUCCUUCGUGUCUGCCGACAGACUAACGAAGAAUACGCCGACAUCUUCUUCAGCAACCACCUGCUACGGCUAGACACUUUCUCUGGGCAACCUCCCACUUGGACAUCUGUACAGGACAAGGACGAGAAGCAGGCGAUCUUCGAGAACUGCGUGUUCAGAAAUCUUACGGACUUUUGGAGCUUGGGCAGCGCGAGGAGGUUCUGUCAAAGACGUUUUGAUGAUCUGGGAGGCGAUUUGAAGGUUGGCAUCUUGUCGACCCCGACGGUGACUGGGUUGAGGAGGUGGCAGUGGAAUAUGGAGAGCCGUGCUCAGGGAGUCUAUACCUGA